UUAAAGUCAAACACGCAUUGGCUAUGUGGCGGCUGAAUACAUGUUCGGGAUUCUGAGCUGGGAAAAAUGAGAUGGAUCCUCUUAAUCUGGGCGUCCCUGGCCCUGCCGCUUCUCUGCUCGACACAGAUCGCUCUGGAUGAAGGGAAUGGCUUGUCUUCCUCCGGCUACCAUUUAUGUGUCCAGAAUGAGACCAGAGUUGUGAGUUUCUUGGUGAUACAUUCGGUCCCUUAUAGAGUGACGAAGCCUUGUGGAGGAUGGUUACCGUGGACGACGUGUACCAUCACCCUUUACAAGAUGAUGCAUCAGAUUGAGUACAAGACAGUAAAUGAGCAGGUGACGAGGUGCUGUGAUGGCUAUCAUCAAGUUGGUCAUUACUGUUCCCUAUCUGUAAACAGGAGUGAUGAGUUUACCGCCAAGCCAGGAUCCUGUCCAACUGCAGAUGGAUUGUCACCCAGUUUUGCGGACUGUGAGUUUGAUUUAGACUGUCCAGGCUGGCAGAAAUGCUGCCAGAGAUUUGGACAGUUUCUCUGCACCGAUCCUACAAAACAAGAUCUGCGGUUUAAAGGAAGCCUCUGGAAUACAACACUGACUGUUAAGAUGGAUCACCAGCAACUGUCCAAGGAAAAUGGGCUUCUCAAUCUCACAAGAUUAUUGCAAGCAAUGAUAACUGGGGCGCUGGAGUCUGAGGUUUCUAUCUUUUAUCUCAGUGCGUUGCCCGUCCAUCCCUUCAGAGUUGCCACAUCUCUGCUCCUCCUGAGCAACUCGUCUCUUUCACUGUACAACGUAACAUCAAAGCUGCAGCUUCUUCUUAAACACAUACCGGAGGUGUCAUCAGUAACAGUGCAAGAUGUGGAUGAGUGUGAGCAGCCUGUUCUCCAUCAGUGCUCUCUUCAGGCAGAAUGCAUUAACACACUGGGCUCUUACCACUGUGUCUGCCAGCAGGGAUAUAUGGAUGAUGACCCUGCUGGUAACUGUACAGGGGACACCGUGGUGCAUACCUCCACUGAGCCCCCACCUGUGAACGCAACCUUUUCCAGCACACUGCAUCCUUCAGGGAAUGGCACCAUGGGAAGCUUCAGCUCUUCUGAGGCCAGUGUGACUGCAGCUCUGACUAACACAAGUUCUGUCACUUAUAAUUCAUCACAUGCUUCACUGGGGACAAGUUCAGCACCGGUUAACAGCAUGAGUUCAGCUGCAGCCUCACCUCCACCAGCACCCACAUGUCGUCCUCCACGCAUCAGAGGUCUGUGCUCGGCCAACGUCACUGGAACCUCCGUGUCUGUCUGCUGGUCAACCACUGUUCAAAUCAACCUGACUUUCCAGAUCACUUUAAGCAAAUCUUCAGAGGUCAGUGAGAUGUGGGAAACCAGCAUGAUGAUGAUAGAGAUCAGAGGACUACAGCCUGGGGUGCUCUACAAUGUGACUGUGACACCUUGUGCUUGUGGAAGGAGAGGAUCUUCUGUCCAUAUAAUGAUCAAAACUGAUGCUCAGACUCUGGAUGCCACAACACGACUUACCAACAUCGAGUUCAGCGAAGACCUGACAAACAGCAGCAGCCAGGCCUACAAAAACCUAACUGUGACGUUUAUACAAGAGAUCUACCAGUCUCUGGCUCCAGAGCUCAAAGCUAUGGUGGAUUCAGGUCAGGUGAGGAUUGAGAUCCAAAGCUUCUCCCCAGGCAGUGUGCUGGUGAACUUCUCCAUAAUCUUCAACCAAAAUCCAGACCAGGCCUCAGACAAUGUGUCCUCCGCCAUCAUGCUUUCCCUGAUGAACAGCUCCAGAUUCAUUCUGGAUGUAAAUAACACACGCAUUCAUGAUUCUGAUGAAUGCAUCUCAGCAGAAAAUGAUUGUUCUCAGUGGGCUACAUGCAUAAACACAUGGGCCUCCUACACUUGCAUAUGCAAUGAAGGAUUAAUAGACAAUAACCCAGAUAGACCUGGACACAACUGUCAAGCAAAUGAUACAGUGGAUUCAGCAUCAGCACCAGGAGUUUCUACUAGAAUGCACUUUACAACUGUUCCAACCUUUGUUCAGUCCACUACCACCUCUAUAACUACCAACUCUACCUUGUUAACUAGUGCAAAUGCUUCUCCCAUUAACACACAAACCCUGACAGCUGCAGCUGAUAAUUUCCCAUCAACAGCAGAUCCAUCGAUGACAGUCUACACUGCCUCUGCAGUUACUGUCCAAACAAGUGUUAUCGCCCCAACUCCUGUUGUUAAUGUUCCACCAGCAAUCCCCUCUACAGCUUUCACCAACACCCCAAGAAUUACGUCUAUGCAAGCAAUCCCUUCUACCAAUCCAAUGACUGUCACUCCCAUAACAGCUGUUACUGGAUCUACAAUCAGUACAACAGACAUCAUAACUCCUAUCCAAGUGAUCUCCACUGUUGCUCCAACAACGAACACUUCAACUACCUCUACCAGAAGCCCCUCUUCUACGAUGCUAACAACCCCUUCUUCUGCUCUGAUAUCACUGGCUAAUUACUCUUUGUCAGGAGCCCUUUCAGUGCAGUGCAGAGUAGCUGCCAUUACUGUGACUCUUUCUAAGGCUUUUAUGUUGAGAGCAAACAUCCAGGAGGGUGCUUUGUACUUGGGAAUGGCAGGAUGUGGGGUCAACGGAGGCAAUGCCAGCCAUGUCCAGCUGACUGUGGCGUGGGAUGAGUGUGAUACCAGGCUUGUGCAUAAUGAAACCACUUAUACCGCAUCCGUGACCCUGUUUAACGCCAUGGAUCCGUACACUGCUGAAGCUGGAAGGGUAGAGGUCCCAAGAAUCCGGCUUGAAGUCCCUAUCAUGUGUACCUACAUGAAGAGCAUGUUGAUUUCUGCAGACUUUGGCUCCAUGGGGUAUGACAUGAUCAAAGAUGUGAUCACGGGUCUGGGAUCCUUCCAGGUAGCGGUGCAGCUGAUGAACGGUACCGAGCCUCUGCCCAAUAACUACAGCCUGUCCCAUGAUCAGGCUGUGGUGCUGGAGGUCAGUCUGAACAGCAGCUCACAUCAGAUGAAGGUGGUCAUAAACGAAUGCUGGGCCACUCCCACCAAAAACCCUGCAGACUCCUCCAGCUACACCUUCCUGAGGAACAGCUGUCCUCUGAACUCUUACACUGAAGUGUUAAUGAACGGUAACUCCACCAGCUCCCGCCUGUCUGUCCAGAUAUUCUCCUUUGUUGACUUGAAUGUGAUCUACCUGCACUGCCAGGUCCAGAUCUGUGUCCAGAUUGGCUCUGACACCUGUGUCCCAAACUGCUUACAGAGAACAGCUCAAAGUGGGAAGAUAGUUGCAAGAAGUACUGGAUCAUCUGGGCCUCUACUCAGACUCAGUGAUGAGUCCCUGGAGGAGAAGCUCAACAUGCUUCACAUAGUUGGCCUCUCCUGUCUCGGAGUCGGUUUGUUUCUCUUCUUCAUCGUUGGAUUCAUCUGCCUGUUUUACUGCCAGAGGAACCGUAUCGGAAACUACAACCUCAACGUCCAACCCAAGCAGGAGAACUUCACCUAUCUGGUUUUCAACACUUAAUGAUAAUAGUGCUGCAGCUGUUACAGAGAAUCACCACUAGGGGUCAAUGUUGUGUUUAUUUCUGAGGUCAUUUUACAUGAAGCUGUUUUUGUUCCCCUCACUGUAUCAAAUAUGUUCAUGCUAAAAACAGGCUUUUGUUUGAAUAAUUUGAUAAUUACAUUUAUUCUUUUUUUUUAUACCUUUGUCUUUGUUGAAGUUGACCAAAUCUGACUCAAAAUUGCAGGUUUGAAAUGUGGUCAUGAAAAUGUAUUAGGACGAUUAAAAAUUUAAAGCAUAGGAAAUGUAACGCUUCAUGUUUGUUGAUUAGAUGUAAAAGGUUUGAAUUAAGUUAUAUGUAAUAUAUUUUGAUAACUGUCAUAUUCAUAGUUAACUUUACUAACCCAGAAGGAAACCAGCAAUCUAUGCUGCAUGAUGCUUUACAAUAAAUGUAAACAAACUGAAUGAACUGGUGAGGCGUGCUCUUGGUUGUUCCUGUUUCUCCUCCAGUCAGAUCAGUUGCUAAAAGAAAAACAAUCCCUCCAUGUUGAACAGAGAUUAUGGGGAAGAUCCAGCAUCUCUCCAGGCACACUUCCCAUAAUCCCUCAUUGUUGACUGUCAGGUCAUAAUGCAGCUCUGGCAUCGACGGUUGAGGGGGUGAAUACUGAGUAAUUGAGGCUUUCUCUGUAUGAGAGCAGGGUCCCUAGAGAGGGACUUACUACCAUCUGGAGAGCUGCAGAUGCCCCACCUCCUUAUUAACCCAUUCAGGCUGACUGUACCUGGCAACCAAUCUCCAUGGCAACAGGAAAAGAAGGAGACUGCUUUAAGUGGAUGGAGGAUGAGGAGCAGGGAGCUAGUGCUGUUCAGAAGCAUGAAAUUGGCUGAAAUGUGUUUUUAUUGUUGCUUCUGUUGAAAUGUGCCGAUCCAGAUGUCCUUCCUUCCUCCCUUCUCCUCUUCCUCUUUAUGACUGUAUGGUUGCAGCUUGGGCA